GUUAAAUUUAAGUUACUCGUAAAAGCCUUAGUAUAAUAAGCUUUGAAAUCUGAAAAUGGGUGUACACAGUUUGAGCUAAACUUUUUCUGAUGAAUUUCUUCAAAUCCGUUUUCUCAGACGACCCAGAUCCUCCUCAACCCAACAAUGCAGACCCCAAUCCCGAUUCCGAUUGGAACUUCGGCGGACUCAUCAAAACCCUAACAGCCAAAUCUGAAUCCAUUAUCGAAACCUACCGCCGCGAUCUACACGAAUUCAGUACCGGCUUAAAAAACGAGAUCGAGGUUGCUCAGGAUUCCGUUGGUGAGAUCGGAACUACCGUCAUCAAAGGAACGACUCAGAUCAUUUCUAAAGGUAAAGAAGCGAUCCUCGCCGUUAAUCUCGAUUCUGAUUCUGAUAAUAGCACUACCACCACUAAUCGCGAUUCGUUUUCAUCGGAUUCGAAGCGAUAUAGUAGGUUUGAUGCUCAGGUUCAUGCUAUUCAGGGUGAUGUUAGCACUUACACUGAGGUUCCUGAGGAUUUGAGUGAAUUCAAUGAGUGGAAAUUAGGGUUUACGUUGGAUGGGAAAAUUGAUGAAAUGGAGAGUCUUUUUAAGGAGAAUGAUGCUAUGGAGAGUGUUUAUAAAAGGGUUGUUCCAAAUACUAUUGAUCAUGAAACUUUUUGGUAUAGGUAUUAUUAUAAGGUUUAUAGGAUUAAGAAAGCUGAAGAUCUAAGGGCUAGGCUUGUUAGGAGAAUAUCCAGGGAAGAAGAGGAUUUGAGUUGGGAUGUUGAAGAUGAUGACGAUGAUCGUGGUGAUGUAGAUGAAGAGAAAUAUGAAGGCGAAGCUAAAACAGAUAUUGUGAUCGAUAAGGAAAUUGGUGGUGAAAAUGUGGGAAAAAGGGUAGAUACUGAUUUGAAAAUUGGUGCCUCUGAUUCUGGUGUUAGUGAUGAGGAGGGAAGAAAGAGAUUGAGUGUGGAAGAGGUGCAGCAUCCUGGUGUAGAGGAGUCUAAAGUAGAAAAGAGAGAUGAUUUAUCGCAAAGCAAGGAACUUGGCAAUGAGAUGGAUAAGUCUGUUGAAGAAUCACGAGUUGUUGAGAAAGCUGAAGUUGUACAAGAGAUGGGUAGUGGAAAUGAGGUAAUUACUGAGAAGGCUGGAGUUGAUAAAACAUUGAAGUUAAAAGUGGAUGAUGUUGGGAAGAAGGAUGAUUCUGCGGGUGAGUCUGAGGAGAGAGUGAUAAAUAUGGAAACGAAAGCGGGUGACGGAAAAUCUUCUAGUAGUAAUAAUAACGAGUCUUCAGUGGUUGGAAGUCAGCACAUGGAAAAUGAAGAGGAGGAGGAGGAUCUUGGGUGGGAUGAUAUAGAAGAUCUUAGCAGUAUUGAUGAAAAGAAAGAAACUCAGAGUGGUAGCGCCACCGCCAGCAAGGUUGAUUUGCGGAAACGCCUUAGUACUGCAGAGGAUGAUGAAGACUUGAGUUGGGACAUUGAAGAUGAUGACGAGCCUGAUAAGGCUUGACAUAUUUAAUCCAUUCUGUUCUGAUUUCUCAAUAGAAAUAUACGUGUGUCAUUUUAACUGAAGCCAAUUUGCCUGUGUUUUUGUAUUUUUUAUGAAUUAGGAUACAAGUAAUAUUGUGAUCUGAUUUCUGUACCCAAAAUGUAUCAAAAGCAGCUAUUUUUAUUUUAAUUUAUCUCCUCAUUUAAUUUUUACAUUAGCUGUUGUGGAAUUGAAGACCAAUUCCAACUCCAGUGAUCACCUUGAAACUUAGUUGCUUGUGUAAUUGACGAUGUCCAUAUUAUAUUUCUCCUGCUUUCUUCUCA